GGGAAGGAGGCGAGGCGAGUACAGGUCGUGCUGCAAUUAGUUCAUUGAAAACUCAGUUGCUCUCGGAGCGGUCGAGCGGAGACUGCCUUCAGCUUUUUUUCUGCUGACUGUUAAAAUCUCCUGUAGAGAGCUGCAACAAUGCCCAAAAGAAAGGCUGCAGGUCGAGGUGAUAUGAGGCAGGAGCCAAAGAGACGAUCAGCCAGACUGUCUGCUAUGCCUGUGCCCAUUUUACCAGAGUUGAAGCCAAAAAGAACAUCAACUCCAAGGAAAAUGAAAAAAGAUGAUAUGAUGGGGGAAAAUGCAGAUACAAGUGCCCCAACAAUAGCUGAAACCAAGCAAGAAGUUAUUAAAGAAGAAUACAAUGAAAAUGCUGAAAAUGGAGAAGGCAAAAUUAUAGAGGCACCAGCUCCUGAAAAAGAGCCUGAGGAAAUAAAAGAAAAAAAAAUGGAAGCUGUUGAAAAAGAAGGAUCAGAAAAGAAAGAAGCAGUGCCAUUGGAAGAAAAGAAAAACGAAAAAGAAGAUCAAAAAGGAGAUGGAAAAGACCAAAACAAGGAAGAAGAGAAAAGAGAAGAUGGAAAAGAGGGUGAAGAUGGAAAAAAUAAAGAAGAUGGAAAAGUGGAAGAAGACCAAAAAGAGAAAGGAGAUGAAAAAGAGGGUGAAGAUGGAAAAGGGACAGAAAAUGGCAAAGAGGAAGAAGAUGAAAAAGAGGGCGAAAAUGGGGAGGGGAAAGUAGAAGAUGGCCAAGAAUGUGAAAAUGAAAAAGAUAAAGGUGAAGGUGAAAAACAAGAAGACAGAAAAGAGGAAGGAGAUAAAAAAGAGGAAGAAGAUGAAAAAGAGGGUGAAAAUGGGGAGGGGAAAGUAGAAGAUGGCCAAGAAUGUGAAAAUGAAAAAGAUAAAGGUGAAGAUGAAAAACAAGAAGACAGAAAAGAGGAAGGAGAUAAAAAAGAUGAUGAAGAUGAGAAAGGUGAUGAAAAUGAGAAAGAUAAUGAAGAUGGAAUAGAGGAUGAAGAUGGAAAAGAGAGUGAAGAUGAGAAUGAUGAUGAAGGUGGAAAUGAGGAGAAAGAUGGAAAAGAGAAAGUAGAAAUUGGAAAAGAGGAGGAAAAUGGAAAAGGAAAUGGGAAAGAUAGAAAGGAAAAGGAAAAUAAGGCUGAAGUUGAAAAGGAAGUAGCUGAAAAAGAAGGUGUCCAAAAAGAAGUGUCUCAGAGUAUUGUUUAAGGCUGUCCUACGUAGUUUCAUAAUUUGGUAAUAUGUACCUUCAUGUUGUAAUGUUAAUAGAGAUAAAUAUUUUUAUCAAAUAUUUUAUAAACAUGUUUUUUCUUUAGCAUUAACUGACUUUCAGAAUAUAUUCAUACUGAUCAUUAGCCACGAAUUUCUUAACAUGAAAACUUUAUAAAUCUUGUGAUUAUAAUAGAGGAAUAUAUAGAAAAAACAUGCUUGAAACUUUGUCAGUAAAUUUCCUUUGGGGUAAGUUAUGUGUUAAAUCUUUGAAUUUUACUUCCGUAUGUGAUAAUUUCAUAAAGUGGAGAGAUCUCAAAAGAAAAAUGGUAUGUGGUUCUCUAAGUUGCUUUUAUGAAGAAGGUGAACUAUUUUCAUGUAAUGUUGAGGAGUUAAAAUUAUCUUUUCCAAAUGUGACUUUAGUAGUAGUUUGGGAAAAAAUAAAAUUAUAAUUUCAUUUUAAAAGAAAUGAAAGUGUUUCUUUCAGAAGGGCAGUUCUGAUUAUAUGUGUAUACACAAAAAUUUACUGGAUUUAUCUUAAUAAAAUUUUUCUUCAAAGAUUA